UCCCAUGUUUACUUUCUUACCUACUUUUCCCAACCAAACUCACUCUUCAUCAGUCAUCUUUUCCAACCCACCACUCCCCUUUAAUGGACUCAAGUACAGUCCUUCCUCUCUCUCUUCCCCAUUUCUAACCCUUAUUUUUUUUUGGGUAGCGAAUUCAACAACUAACAUCUUAUUUUCAUUUUGUUUAGCAGAAUCCCAAAUGGGACCAUAUACUUAAAUUUCAGAAGUCAAUAAUAAAUAUUUAUAGAUCUGAAAGUUUUAACAUCAUUCCCUGCCUCACUUAAUAAUCAAUCACUCUAGAUAGUGAUUGCAACUUCUUUCCAAAAUAAAUCCCAAUCCAAAACUUCAGCAGAAAUGAUUCCUCUUUGAUCUUCUAUCUUGUCGGAAACUUCAAUGUCACAUCCUCAAAAAAAAAAACAGACCCAACAAAACCAAUACCAAGAUGAAAAUAAACCGAUCAUGACAAAAUAAUAUCAAAUAAAAACCCCAUUUCAAAAACCAAAAUAAUAAUGGCACUCAUUUUUCUGUUGUUGUGCAUGAUGUUGAGUUCGUCAAUGGGGCAAAACAAUGAUGAUGCAAAAGCACUGUUAGAUUUAAAAGCGUCAGUCGACCCACAAAACAACCUCCCAUGGAAGCAGGGGUCCGACCCCUGCACUUGGGAAGGGGUUAAAGAAUGCAUGAGAGGGCGAGUUUCCAAGUUAGUAGUUGAAAACUACGCCCUCAGCGGCCGCAUUAGCGGCCAUACACUGAGCCUCCUUGGCGAGCUUCGUGUGCUUAGUUUUAAGUCCAACAACCUAAGUGCCGAAAUACCUGACAUGUCCACAUUGGUAAAUCUCAAAGUGCUAUACCUUAAUCUCAACAACUUCACCGGCCCUUUUCCAGAGUCUCUUUCCUCUCUCCACCGCCUUAAAAUCAUCGCAUUAUCGGAUAACAAGCUAUCCGGUUCAAUACCCAACUCGGUGGCGCAGCUGCCGAGGCUGUAUCUAUUGUACUUGGAUGGUAAUCAAUUUAGUGGAAAUAUUCCAAGAUUGAACCAAACAACACUCAAGUUCUUAAACGUAUCAAAUAAUCGUCUUUCUGGAGAGAUCCCAAGAACUCAAGCGCUAUUGCAGUUUAAUAAAUCUUCAUUCUUAAAUAACAUAAAUCUCUGCGGAAUACAGAUUGAUAAUAAUAACAAUGCAGGAUGUAAUACCCUGCCCGCUAUGAGUCCAGCAUUGUCGAUUAUUCCAUUGAAUCACACACAUCAUCGAACCGCAAAAAUCCUAGCCAUAGCAAUCUCCAGCGGCAUCGCUGUCAUAUUGCUAGUCAUCAUACUUGCCAUCUUCUUAUACAGAAGGUGGCGAAGAACUGAAACCAGCAACAAGGAAGUCCCAUUGGAGCAACAAAGGGGUGUGCACAAUCCGGCCCAGAGAACAGACAAAGGGGAGCCAUCAAGUGGGACUGCGAGUGGAGGAGGAGAUAGAAGAGGAGGAUUUUCAUGGGAGGGAGAUAAGCUAGGGAAGUUGGUGUUUUUAGGGGAUCAAAUAAUGAGUUAUAAUUUAGAGGAUUUGUUGAAAGCAUCGGCAGAAACAUUAGGGAGGGGUACAAUUGGAAGUACAUAUAAAGCGGUGAUGGAAUCAGGGUAUAUUGUAACAGUAAAAAGAUUGAAAGAUGCAAGGUAUCCAAAAUUGGAGGAAUUUAGAACACAAUUGGAAGUUUUGGGGAAGUUGAAUCAUCCAAAUAUAGUUUCAUUGAGAGCUUAUUUUCAGGCUAAAGAAGAAAGGUUGAUUGUUUAUGAUUAUUUUCCAAACGGCAGUCUUUUCUCCCUUGUUCACGGCAAUAGACCUUCAGGAGGUGGAAAGCCACUACAUUGGACAUCUUGCCUCAAAAUAGCGGAAGACUUGGCUACCGGUCUUCAUUACAUCCAUCAAAACUUUGAACUAGUUCAUGGGAACCUGAAAUCCUCAAAUGUUCUCCUUGGAUCAGACUUUGAGUCUUGCCUAACAGAUUAUGGACUUCAAUCAUUCAGAAAUCCAGAAUCCGCAGAAGAACCUAGUGCUGCAUCCCUCUUUUACAGAGCUCCUGAAUGCCGAGACAACAGAAGAUUACCGACCCAAAAAGCUGAUGUUUACAGCUUUGGAGUCCUAUUACUAGAACUAAUGACAGGUAAAACUCCAUUUCAAGACCUUGUUCAAGAGCAUGGGUCCGACAUUCCUAAAUGGGUAAGGUCCGUUAGAGAAGAGGAGACCGAGUCUGGGGAAGGGAGUUCUGGAAAUGAGACCUCCGAAGAGAAAUUGAGUGCACUUUUAAAUAUUGCAAUGGGAUGUGUUGCUGUUUCUCCUGAAAAUAGACCUCUAAUGAAAGAGGUUUUGAGGAUGAUACGAGAGACGAGGGCCGAAGCACAUAUAUCAUCUAAUAAUAGCAGUGAUCAUUCACCCGGAAGAUGGUCUGACACAGUUCAGAGUUUGCCAAGGGAAGAACAUCUCAGCAUUUGAGAAUCUGAUCAAUUUUGUGCCACAAAAUUGUUCAUUUUUUUAAAGUCAUAUUCUUCAAUUAGGCGUGGUAGUGUUUUUGGAUGUAAAGCUUUCUUUUGGUUAUCUGUAGUUAUUUCUCCUUUAUUUUUUCUUCUCUUUUUUUAGUAUAGCUACUUGGUGAUAAUGCUUGAUUAAUUGAUGCUAUAUCAGUAUCUUGCUCCAUUUUAUGUGAAGCAUUACGUUUCUUCAUAGUUCCUGACAUUUAUGUAUUAGACGGUGAUCUCAAUUUUCUGUAGCAUUUUAUGUAAUUUGAAACAGUGGUGAAGCUUUUGACACCUUCGAGACACAAA